AUGUCUGGCCGUAAUUUUACAAAGAUUUCAACCAACAUCCACCUCUCGGACCCUGAAGAAGACGAGGUCAAUAAAGCAAAGAAGGGCACCCCUGACUAUGAUCGCCUACACAAAAUCAGGCCCAUGUAUGACGAAAUACGGCAAAACUGCAUGGCACAUUUUCAGCCAGGCCAAAACAUAGCUGUUGACGAGCGGAUGGUCGCCUCACGGGCAAGAAUAGGAAUCCGCCAGUACAUGAAGGACAAACCUGUAAAAUGGGGGUUCAAGCUCUUUGUGCUGGCGGAUUCCUCAUGUGGGUACACCUGGGACUUUUUUGUGUAUAGGGGGAAAGGCCAUAUUGGUUCUGGGAGAGGCCUUAGUUAUGAUGUUGUGAUGGAGCUGGUGUCCUCUCCAGUGUUGGGCACGGGGUACAAGUUGUUUGUCGACAACUUCUAUACAAGCCCAAUGCUUUUCCGUGACCUGCUCGCAGACAAAAAGAUCUGGGCCUGUGGGACCAUCCGGGAGCAGCGGGUGGGCUUCCCCAAACACCGGGCUGGUACCCUGAACAGUCGAGAUCCAAGGGGCACCAUCCGCUGGAUUCGCGAGGGGCCACUGGUGUUUGUCCAGUGGAAGGACACCCGUGUCGUCCAGAUGUGUUCCAGCAUCCACAAGGCCCACAGUGGUGACACAGUACAGCGGAGGGUGAAGACGGAUGGCAGGUGGCGACUGGAGACCUUUCCCAUCCCCCCAGCUGUGCAGGAUUAUAAUCAGAACAUGGGUGGUGUGGACCUUUCCGAUGCCCUGAUAGGGUACUACACAAUUUUACACAAAACCAGGAGGUGGUACCGGACUUUUUUUUAUCAUUUUGUGGACAUCGGAAUUGUAAACGCCUUCAUUCUGCACAAAGAAAUUGCCAGGUCCAGGGGAGAAAGGCCCAUGUCUCAGAAGGCCUUCAGGGAAAACCUGGUUCUGCAGCUCCAGGAAGCUGGGCAUGGAGAAAUUAUCCGCCCUCCACAGCCACCACCUGCACCUACAACACCUGCAGUACUACAUAUGCCGUCAUACUUCGGUGCGGAUGGCACACAGGCACGGCGGCACUGUGUCCUCUGUAAGCAGAAGACACCCCUAUUCUGCUCCACAUGCGAAGUUGCCUUGUGUCUUGUUCCCACAAGGAACUGUUACACACAGUGGCACAUUCAAAAAGAGAUUUGAAUCUCUCUCUCUCUCCCUCUCUCUCUCAGUGUUUGAAGCAGAUGCGGCAUGUUCUUGUACCCUAUGUGUAUGGGGUGUGUGUGUGUUUAUGUAUAUGUGUAUGCGUGAGCGCACACGUGAGAUCCUCUGUGAGUGUCCUAUGUAA